AUGCAGCCGAUAAGGGAGAGGAUAGUGGUUAAAGCUCGAGCUGGAUGGAUGGGUAUGGGGAGAGGGGCAGGAUCCACAGCCCUGGGAUUCUUCCAAAUCCUCCCUGUCUUUCUCUGCAUCUUCCCUGCAGCGACCUCUCAGUGCAAGAUCCUGAAGUGUAACUCUGAGUUCUGGGCGGCCACAUCUGGCUCUCACCACCUGGGCACAGAGGAGGCACCGGAGUUCUGCACGGCUCUCCGCACCUACGCCCACUGCACCCGCCGCACGGCUCGCACUUGCAGGGGGGACCUGGCCUACCACUCCGCCGUUCAUGGCAUAGAUGACCUCAUGGUCCAACACAACUGCUCCAAAGAUGGCCCCACCUCGCAGCCCCGCCUCCGAACACUGCCCCCCGGGGACAGCCAGGAGCGCUCUGACAGCCCAGAGAUCUGCCACUACGAGAAGAGCUUUCACAAGCACUCAGCCCCCCCAAACUACACCCACUGCGGGCUCUUUGGGGACCCCCACCUCAGGACUUUCACAGACAGCUUCCAGACCUGCAAAGUGCAGGGGGCUUGGCCACUCAUAGACAAUAACUACCUGAAUGUCCAGGUCACCAACACGCCGGUGCUACCCGGGUCCUCAGCGACUGCGACGACCAAGCUCACCAUCAUCUUCAAGAGCUUCCAGGAGUGUGUGGACCAGAAAGUGUACCAGGCGGAGAUGGACGAGCUCCCAGCUGCCUUCGCCGACGGCUCCAAGAACGGCGGCGACAAGCAUGGCGCCAACAGCCUGAAGAUCACCGAGAAGGUGUCAGGCCAGCACAUCGAGAUCCAAGCCAAGUACAUCGGCACCACCAUUGUGGUGAGGCAGGUGGGCCGUUACCUCACCUUCGCCGUGCGCAUGCCCGAGGAGGUAGUGAACGCCGUGGAGGACAGGGACAACCAGGGCCUUUACCUCUGCCUCCGGGGCUGCCCGCUUAACCAACAGAUUGACUUCCAGACCUUCCGCUCUGCUCAGGGCACGGAAGGCCGGGCUCGCAGGAAAGGGCCCAGCCUCGCCUCGCCCGAGUUCUUCACCUACGAAACGGCCAUGGCCAAGUGCCGGGAGAAGCUCCCCGUGGAGGACCUGUACUUCCAGUCCUGCGUCUUCGACCUCCUGACCACGGGGGACGUCAACUUCACUCUGGCGGCGUAUUACGCUUUCGAGGAUGUGAAGAUGCUUCAUUCCAACAAGGACAAGCUGCACCUCUAUGAAAGGACACGGGAGCUGAGCCCAGGCAACACAGCCCCCUCGGGGCAUCCCCGGGCCCUCCCUGCCCUCUGGGUGGCGCUAGUGUGUCUGAGUCGGUGCUGGUCAGUGUUCCUAUAG